AUUAAUUAUAUUUGUACACCACAAAUAAAAUAAUCGAAAACUUCAGUCCUGAUUUGAAGUUCAAUAUGUCUGUACUCUUCGAUGAGUCUUUGAAAUCAAUUGAAUUAAUUUUUAAAUAUUUUGGGAUGUAUUUGGAUCGUACAAUUCUGAAUACCGCCGAGCAUGUAAUAAAAUUCAGAUCGUUGCAUAUAAUAAACUUCCUUUGGCUGAACACGGAGACUAUCGCCGAAAUAUUAUGGAUCAUACAGGGCGCUCUUCACGGAAGAAGUCUAAUCAAAUUGACUUCUAUAGCGCCCUGUAUAAAUUUAUGCAUUCUUGCAAACAUUAAAUCCCUCUCCCUGUUUCUUAAUGAUGAUAAAGUAAAGAAAUUAUUCAAACAACUUCGGAACGUGGAGAAUAAUAUUAAUAUUGGCGAUGAAGUAGUUAAGAAGAAAAUCGUUGCUGAAGGAAAAAAGCAUUUAAGGGCUGUUAUAAAGGCUUUGAUUAUAAUCAACGCUGUAACAGUAAUGUUGUUUAGUGUGACCCCGAUACUGUUCAUCGGAUUAGAAUAUAAGAAAUCGGGACAGAUUAAGCUGGUGCUACCGUUCCGUGUAUAUCCGUUUAAUCCUUAUGACAUCAAAUACUGGCCGUUUCUAUACAUGCAUCAAAUUUGGUCUGCAUCCUUAGUUUCGAUCCAAAUCGCUGGAACCGACGGCCUCUUCUAUACAUGCUGCACUAGCAUCUGCACGCAGUUUCGCUUGCUGCAAAACGACAUUGAAACCAUUAUUCCUGAACGUAAUUUUGACGAAAAUGUAUUCCAGGAAAUGCUUAAGAAGUUAGCUGUUCGCCAUGACGGCAUCAUGCAGUCAAUAAUUCAAUUGGAAAGCAUCUAUGCGAAAUCGACGUUAUUCAAUUUCGUGUCAAGUACAUUCUUGAUUUGCCUGUCGGGAUUUAACACCACGGCUCUAGGCGACAUAGGGUACAUGGUGGCCUUCCUCUCAUUUUUGCUGAUGAGUCUGAUGCAGAUUUUCCUGCUCUGUUUAUACGGAGACAUGAUUAUGACAUCGAGCAUGGAAGUAAGCAACGCCGUGUAUAAUUCCAAAUGGUAUACAGUGAAUGCAAAAGCAGCAAAGCACCUGUACGUGGUUCAAAUGAGGGCACAGAAACUCUCCAAGUUGACGGCGUACGGUUACGCCGACGUCAAUCUGACGUCUUUCACAAGGAUAUUGAGCUCGGCUUGUUCAUACUUCGCUCUUCUGAAAACUAUGGAGAGGCCGACGCAAGCGUAGUUCUUCACUCACGUUGUAGUUCUAAAGCACAGAUUUUCAUUAGACUUGUUUACGUUUAGAGGUUUAGACACACGCGGCUCACAUUCAUGGCCAAACGUCACCGAUGAGUAGUCUAUCAAUUGAAAUCGUUUCUCCUACUUAACCAGAAAUUAUCUAAAGGAAUUAGCAAAAAAAUAUAAAAGACUUUUUUUAGUCUUAGCGCGCGAAUCAUGCAAGGUAGAAAGAAACUUUCGCAGUGUUAAGCCAAUUCGCACGUUUUAAACAGGCACCUUCAUUUCGUGCCUUUUGGCCCGAUUAUUUUCGAUUUUUACGGCAACAACAAAUGUAAAAAAAGUCAGAAAAAAAAUUACAAUGAUGAACGACAGGACCCAUUAUGAAACAAAAAAAUUAAUACAUAUUAUCAAUUAUUGACGCUGUAACAAAACACGUACAUAAUUAAUAAAAAAUAAUUACGUAUGUUACGUAUGUUUGUUUUAAAAAUUUACGUACAUAAUUAUUUACCCAAGUGUAUAAACUUAUUACUACGCAUUUAAAAUAUUAAAACUAUUAAAUACGACGUACCUAACAAUUAGAAAUAUUUUUAGGACAAAUACCUAGAAAUGACCGACCGAGUACUGACAUUUUAUUUGACGUACGCACAU